AGGCCUGCCUGGCCCCCGCCCAGGUCAGCCGGCCAGCGUGUCAGCAGUGCCCAGGGCGCGCAGCCGGCCCCCUGCGGCUGUCUGCCUGCACGAGGGGACCCGCCCUUGCACGGGAGGUGCGUUUUGUCUUCCAGAAGGCCGGGCUGGCCCCGCCGGCCUAGCAGGUGCACAGGCCCCUCCCGGCACAAGGCGGCCCCUCCCUCCGCGGGGAAGCUGACCGUCAGGCCUGGAGGAGCCCGCACCUCCCCGGGCCUCCUCCCGGGAACCGCCCCGGUUUUGUUUGCCUGUCCCCGCACAGGCGGCCGCGCCGGCCCGGGAAUUCACUUCUGGGGACCCGAGCUGCUGCACUGCCUCCUACAUCGGGGCUCCUCCAGGGCCCCCCAACCCCCCCCCCCCAGGCUGAGCAUCUCGGCGACCGGCCCCCCCAAGCAGCCCUGCGCCGCGCGGGGACCUGUAGGGUUUAGCGCAGCUGACGCCCAGGGGCCGCCGGGUCCGCAGGGAACCACUCGGCCCACUGGGCCCACCCGGAACCACCUGGCCCACUGGGACCCACCGGGACACCGGGACCCACUGGACAUGGACGCGCGGGGACCCAAAACCCCGGGCGGGGACGCGCUGGGCGACGCGGCAGAAAAUCUAUUUGAGGAACUUCAAGAACAUUUUCAAGCUCUGACUGCAACAUUAAACCUCAGAGUGGAAGAAAUGGGAAGUCGCAUUGAGGAUCUCCAGAAGAAUGUCAGUGACCUAAUGGUGCGAGCUGGGAUCGAAAAUUCCAUUAAAGAACAAGUGGUCAUCAGUAGGGAGGAAUGAAGAGCAGCACCUCAAGUCUCCGUCUGUCCAACCACAGGGAGCAUCCAAAAGGCAGAUGCAACGUUUCUCCUUUGCUGCAAACAUCUACUUCCAGGGUACCUCUCCACAUCCGCACUCAGGCCCAGGAAUCCGGGGGUCUGGACCCCGUCCCUCCCUGUCAGCCUCUUACAGUCUCCCCACCACGGCCUGACCAUCUGCGCCCGCAUGCCCGCCCCCGUGAAGGCACGAGCUCAGUCCAAAUGUCCUCCGGCUGUCCUUCGGCUGCCCGCCAGCCCGACCCGGCACUCGUGUCUCCACAAACACCUGCUUGCCUUGGCUCAUCUCCUCCGCUGCUGCCAACCCGCGAAGUCCGGGGACGGCAGGAACCCUGUCUUGUCUGACCUAACGUCCGGGCACUAGACCAUGAAACCUGGCGGGACUCAGUACACGCACUUGGUGAAAACAUGAACUCAAGCAGAGGCGCCCGUCUUGGAUUCCGGCGUCGCAGAAAGAGCGGAAGGCACUUGGUCUUCUCUUCAGCCUAGCGCCCCGCAUCCGCCCCACCAUCCUCCUCUCUGCGGCCCCCUGUCCGCCACAGCGUCCUCCGUGCCUUGGUCGGGCCGGCCACCGGCGGCGGGAGGCUGGCCUGAAGACGGCCCUCACGAGUCGCACCCUGAGGGUGUGGGGGACACUGCGAGCAGCAUGACAGGAAAGGCGCGGACCGCCUUGAAGAGCCUGUUCGUGGACGCGCGGACUGGAGGAGCACGGCCGGUGCAGGUGCCGAGGAAGGAGCACACCGCUGGGAGGGAGGGGCCCCUGUUCCUCGGGGACACGGUCCUGCAGAAGUCAUCAGGGUGCGCCUGGACGUGCACCUAAGGAGCUGCUGAGCCCUGGAGCAGCCGCCUGCUUUCUCCCUGCUGUGGACGGUGACGACCGGCCACGCGGGGUUAGAGCUGCUGAAAGAGAAGAAAUUCUUGGCCCCUCCAGACGGCAGAAGACGCUGCAACGCAGAAGGGCACGGGGACACGGAAGAGGCCCCACAACCUGGUGCUGCAGCCCAGGCGGAACGUUCAGUCGCCAGUGAGGAGCAGCGCGCCUCCUGGGUCUUCGUGGGCGCCAGGACGGGCACUCGGCCUGCAGAGGAUGACGGUGCAGAGAAAGGAGGCGGGAGAACCCCAAAAUGCUACUGCUGCCGUCGGCUGGGAACGGCCUGGCUGCACAUGCCUUUCCCGAAAAGACCUUCCCAGGGCUGGGGAGUCAGCCCCUUCCUCCUCACGUCCCCCUGAGAAGCCCGGCCUGUGUGCUGUGCUGUCCCACGAUGUGCUGGCCGAGCUGGGGCCACAGGUAAGCCAUGCUCACCGGCCUACGCAGCCUCACGCACACCUGCUUUUGUACACCCGAAGGAUGUGAGUCUUUAGAGCCAGAGGGCAGACGGUGGGAAACCCUACACUCAAGCCUGCGAAGUUCCUGCCCUCAUCCCCGGGCCUGUCCGCGAUGAGACACCAGCCCCCAGUGACGGUGCAGAUGCCGGAGACUGGCAGAUGCCCCAACGGUUACUCAUCAACUGACUUUAAAAUAAGGAGAUAAUCCUGGAUUAUUUGGUGGGUCUAUUCCGUUCACAGCCUCGGGGAAGCAGAACAGGAAACUGCAGAGAUGGUGCAGGCUGUGCUGACUGAAGGGCCUCAGGCAGCGGGGACGGCCCAGCACACAGGGCCCGGCACACAGCCGGCCAGGAGUCCACGGCCCCAGCCCGUGACCAGGGACCUGGAUUCGGCCAACGACCCAAUGAGCCAGUGGCUUCUUCCCCGACGGACGGGCCCGAAAAGGUCCAGCCCGUGACUGCGGCCUCGUGAGGCCCCGAGAGGAAACCCACUGAGCCGGCCCAAACUCGGAGCAACAGAACACUGAGCUCAUCCAUGAGGCUUUUAGCUACUCACACGGCGCUACCUGUCGCACGGGAUACGAAGCCAAUACCCGCCCAUACAGCACAUACAUACAACCCACUCAGACGUCCCUCACCUGUCCGGAGCAGAGCAAGUCCACGGCUUAACACUGCCGUUUACCAACCUUUCUACUAACGAUACACUGAAAUUUUGACAAGUAGAAACAACGCCAUAUGGUGAUUUCUUUCCGAAUUAAAUCUCCACAACUUUUUUUUGAGUCAUGUUACCCAACCUUAUUACAGAAAUACCAUCGGACGUGACGCCAUCUGGACUACAUCAAAAUCCCGGACCAACAAUAUCCAACUGAGGCGAGAGCUUUAAGAGAACGUACCU